GCCAUCUUGGCGGCGGAGCGAUGAGCGGGUCGAACCCGAAGGCUGCGGCCGCGGGGUCGGCGACGGGGCCCGGGGGGCUGGCGGCUGGCAAGGAGGAGAAGAAGAAGGCGGGCGGCGGCGUCCUCAACAGGCUCAAGGCGCGGCGGCAGGCGCCUCACCACGCGGCCGACGAUGGCAUCGGGACUGCGGUCACGGAGCAGGAGUUGCUGGCGCUGGACACCAUCCGGCCCGAGCACGUCCUGCGUCUCGGCCGGGUCACAGAGAAUUAUUUGUGUAAACCCGAAGACAACAUCUACAGUAUUGAUUUCACUCGCUUCAAGAUUCGCGAUUUGGAGACGGGGACGGUGCUGUUUGAGAUUGCCAAACCUUGUGUUUCAGACCAAGAGGAUGACGAGGAAGCAGAAGGGGGAGACGUGGAUAGCAGUGCAGGCCGUUUCGUUCGCUACCAGUUCACACCCGCUUUCCUCCGCCUCCGGACAGUGGGGGCCACGGUGGAGUUCACAGUGGGAGACAAACCUGUGUCAAACUUCCGGAUGAUUGAACGGCACUAUUUCCGGGAGCGCUUGCUGAAAAACUUUGACUUUGAUUUUGGCUUCUGUAUCCCCAGCAGCAGGAACACUUGUGAACAUAUCUACGAGUUUCCCCAGCUUUCUGAGGACGUCAUUCGUCUGAUGAUUGAAAACCCAUAUGAGACCCGCUCUGACAGCUUCUACUUUGUUGACAACAAGCUGAUCAUGCACAACAAGGCCGACUAUGCCUAUAAUGGAGGCCAGUAGCUGCUGCAGGAGUGCACAGGAGGCGCGCGGCCAUGGCCAGGGAAUCCUACUUCAAGGGGCGGAAGCUGCAGCUUGACCCACACGUCUGGAAGCUGGACAGCCAGAGCCAAACUGGCAUCUGGGGAGGUGCCAAGCAGGGCCAUGUUUUCUUCCCCAGUACUUUUUCUUCCUUCCCUGCCCUGCUGCACCCUGCCCUGCCCCACCCUGCCCUGCCCCUUAGGUCACAGAGGUACUAGAGUCCGGUAAAAAGUUAGGGUGAGGUGCCUGGAAUUCAGAUUUAAAGAGAGAGUUUAUUUUCACAUAGUGCUAGCUGUUGGAUGUUCUAACCAGUCUUGGUCUCUAUGCGUCGCUGGGCCAGGGCGAGAAGGCCCUGUCACCAGCAGGCCCGCAGCCCUCCUCAAGGUGCCUGGGUGCUGUUGGGGGCAGGAAGUGGACCUCUCACUCCCAGUGUUGCCAUCUGCACAGCUGCCCUUAGCCGGUGCCCCCACUCCAACUGCUUGAAUCAGAAGGGGGUGGGAGGAGGGCUCCAUAGGCAGCCAGCUUCUCUCUGGGCCUUCAGCGACCCCUGAGUGGGAUCCUCAUGGAGGACAGACGAGCGCCCUUUGCUGCUCCUGGCUGCCCGCUUCAGAAUUGCUGAGACGGACGUGCCUGCUCUGCUCAUGGAACAGGCGGCCCUCUUGGGGUCGAAGUAGGCUCGCUGUGUCUUGGUUUUCUGUUUCUAGACUUCUUGUGGGCAAAUUUGAUGCAGCGUCAGUGGUGUCCCUGGUGCGGUGUGUGGUUAGGUGCUGACAGGGCCCCGGGGCCGCUGGCCUGGAGCAUGUUGGAGGUACAGUGAAUACACAUCAAUAGAGUACAUUGUGACGAGGUGUGAUGGUCAGCCUAGCAGCACCUGAGGGGUUGGCCGUGGAUUUCUUGUUACUAAGAGUGUUUCUGUCUGUUGAAGUAGACUCUGGAGCUAUCUGACAGGUCUGACUUAAUGAACACGCCUUUUGCUCCUUUGUGUGGUUGUUGGGAUUGUUUUGGGUUGUGUGGAAAGGGUGGCUCGGGUCAGAGUGGGGUGUGCUCAGGAAGGCUCCCUUUCACACCCUGCUGUGGCUGCUUGUGUCCCUGGACCCUUAGUAGGCUGGCUGGUCUUAGCACCCCAGCUUGUCUGUGGGGCAGCUACAGGUGUUCAGCCCAGGCUCAUGGUUGUUGGAGAAGACUGUUCCUGCUGUUGGGGCCCUUUAACUGUGGAUAUAAAAGUGUCUGUGGCAAGGGCCCAGGUGGGUGAUAGGCCACAGUGCCUGACACAAGAGAGCUGGGUUCCGUGGUACUUGGGAGAAAGGCUAAAUGGGACCAUGGAAUGGAGGAACAGCCUUUGCCUCUUGGGUCCCCUGCUGGACAGUGUAGCUCCCUGUUUGGACACUAGAGCGUGAGUGACCUUGAACCUUAGCCCAGUCCUUUCCAUUGGUUAAGAGUCUUGGCAGUGCCGUGUGUAGGCAGCUUUCUCACCAAGGAAGCCCUGCUAGGUAACUGUUGGCACUGGACUCGCUCACCCUGCAGAGUGCCAGUGACUCAGAACUGGAAUUGACUACAAAUCCGGUGCCUUAGUGUGGCUCUGUCCCAUUGACUGCUGGGGAAAGCUGCACAGCCAUCCCCCUCCCCCCCUCUGCUUCUCCUCGCUGCUCCUCCCUUGGAUGUGCACGUUCCUGUCGUGCUUCAGGAUGACCCCUUUUCUGUGACAGAAGCUCAGUCGGGAGUUUCUGCUCUGGUGUUUCAGUACUCUAGGGAGUGGCUUUUGGCAUGCUGAGAGCACAGCUCCAUCACAGUGUUGGAAAUGGCCCAAGCGGGCUGCACCUUGCAUACUGGUGGGCUGCCCUGAUCUGCAUGGCCACUUGGACUAGGAUGGAAAAGGGGCCACCGUGGUCGCUGUUGGCCUGCCUCGGUCUCCCUAGCAUUGAGUCCAUGCCUAGCAGGAUGGGGAUUUGCCACCACCUGCUCUUGGCGACUGCUGUUGUGUGCAGUAGGGCUGUGGCGUGAAGUGUCUCACGGAAGUGCGGGGCAGGGUUCCCGCUUGGGAGAGUUAACUGGCAGAGUUUGAAAUUCAGGCUUGAGGAGAGAAAAUGAACUCCUGCCUUGUCUGAAAGUGGCAGAACCUGUCAGAAGCCGAGUCAGAAGGCCAGCAUAAGAACGAAUCUGGCCUGCUGAUAGCAGUUAGCUUGUGGGUAAUAAGGGAAUGAGAGCCAAGAUAGUCCAUGCCCACUGCUGGAGCUGGCAUCUCAUGGGCAGCUCCUGGAAGAUCACAUUCCAGCAGGGUGGCAGGCCCCCUGGUGCCUCAGGGCCUGCUGCCUGCACCCCAUCCUCUCCAGUCUUGCUACUGUCUCUCUGCCUUGGGGUCCCAGAGAGGACCUCUCUUUACUUGAGCAGCCUUGGCCUAAGGUGCCGUUCUAGCUUCUCCAAAGAUGACCCUUGCUUAUUUCGUCCUCUCUUCUAGCAGAUAUAGGACAUUUCAACUGAAUGUCACUGUCAUUUCCAUAGUAUUCACUCCUGGUAGUCUCACAGAGACAGCAUUUUCAAGGCCAGUUAUUCCUGUAGAUGCCCCAGUCCUGAGGCCACUUGGCUUUAGUAUGUGGGGAUGGUGACUGGGGCCUUUUGGACGCUGUUGACUGCCAAUUGGUGAACUGACAGGCCUGGGCAAUCUGCAACUUAUUUUUCAGUUGAGGUAGGACUCAUUUCUGCAGUGGAGGUGGUGGGCGGUGUCUCAGUCUGGCCUCAAUGAGUCCUGCUUGUGGCUGCUACGCUCCCAGUGCUUGUUUCUCGCUUUAAAGUCAGUUUCUUCUGAUGGGUAGCGAGGUCUCAUCCUGGGGAUCCCUGCCACAAAGAGCUGUACCUGGCAUAGUAGCCCAGUUGCCAAACCUAUAUGUUACAUUCCUCGUCCCCCCAUGUCUCAGCCACAGGGAGGAUCUGGUUGGGGUGCUCAUCCCUAGUUCCACAAAGAAUCAUGUAACCUCAUUGAAAUCGUGCAAGUCUUUGUUUUUUCCCUACAAAUCAGUUUUUCACAGAAUCAAAGAAACCUCAAUGACCUGCUUUGUCCUUUCUGCUCUCGCCUGCCUCACCCAAGGUCCUCCCAGUCUGUACUGUCUGUGUCCGCAGUGACCUGGUGACUUAUUUGUAUGAAAUAUUAUUUUGCCACAAGAGACACUAAUAAAAGAGAUUUU